UUUGAGUGUUUUCAGAAACUUUGUUGGCUUCAGUUUUGGCAUAGAGUCCCAAGACUUCAAAUGCUCAGAGCUCUGAUUCUCACAGCUUCCUUGUUCGGAGCAAUCUACACGAUCCGAUGUUAUAGUGGAAUGCAAGGAUCAGUGAAUGGGGAUGCCAUUGGUGAAAUUGAGCUUCUGGACUGUAAUGGAACUGAGUUUUGCCUAAAACUCCCCUCGAAUGGUCACGUUGGACGGAGACACUACGAAGGAGCUCAGUACAGCUGCGAUUUUGGAGAGUGCCGGCGCGAGGGAUGCAACAAACGCGACAGCGGUGGCACCAUUUGCUGCUGCUCCACCGACGAGUGCAAUGACGGAAAUAACUUUAAAAACAAGCUUAUUCUCGUUUUUCUUACGGUUCUUUUCCUGUUUUUUGCAUUUUAUUAAAUUAUACCAUCUUUUCUAGUCCUAGAACUUUUUCCAAUUACCUCCAAAUUUUCACUUACCGGUCUUUCAUGCAAAUAUAUAUUGAACUCUGAAUUUGUAUUUAUUUAGUUUGUUGCUUUAUUUUUUUUUCAAUAACCUCAUAAGAUUAAUUUUAAAACACGUAAAAAUUGAUAAAUAUAUC